GUAUGGACUGGUACAGCACCCUCUUCCUCCUCUUUAUAUGUUUUCUGUGUUAUAUAAUCCUGAGCUUCAUGAAAAUGUUUAAGGAGAAAGCAACACUUCCCCCAGGACCCAUGCCUCUACCAUUCAUUGGGAACCUUCUGCAGAUCAACACAAAUGACAUCGCCAGCUCACUAAUGAAGCUGAAAGACAAAUAUGGACCGGUGUACACCUUGUACUUGGGACCUAAACCAGGACUCGUCAUAUGCGGAUACAGCGCAAUGAAGGAGGCGUUGAUUGAACAAAAUGAGAUAUUUGGAGAGAGAGGGGACUAUCCCGUAUUCUUGAACUACAUUGGUGUACACGACAUAGCUUUCACCAAUGGGGAGAAAUGGAAGAAACUGCGACGCUUUGCUCUGCUGACACUGAGGAACUUUGGGAUGGGAAAGAGGAGUGUGGAAGAUCGAAUACUGGAGGAGGCACAUUUCCUCGUCAAAGAGUUUGAAAAAACAAAGGGGUCUCCAGUGAACCCCAGCAAAUACUUACCGCGCACAGUCUCUAAUGUUAUCUGUUCUAUAGUCUAUGGCAGUCGCUUUGACUAUGAGGAUAAGAGACUUUUGGCUAUAACAGCCAGCAUCUAUAACAACUUCUGUAUCAUGAGCAGCACAUGGGGGACGUUAUACAACAUGUAUCCAGACAUUAUGGAAUAUCUACCAGGUCCACAUAAGAAAAUAAGGAAAAACUUCCAAGAUAUCUUUGAAAUCUCCGCUGAGUCCAUCAAGUACCAUGAGAAAACACUGGACCCAAACAAUCCUCGCGAUUAUAUUGACUGCUUCCUCAUUAAGAUCAAAGAGGAACUAGAUAAUCCAGAUUCAGCAUUUUACACCAAAACUUUGGCAAGAACCAUUCAGAAUCUUCUAUUUGGAGGAACAGAGACAGUCAGUACAACGCUCAGAUACGGCAUCUUGGUCCUAAUGAAAUAUCCGGAGGUAGCAGAAACAAUUCAGAAGGAAAUUGACAGCGUUGUGGGGAGAAAUCGAAGGCCGGCCAUAGUGGACAAGAAUAAGAUGCCAUAUACUGAGGCGACUAUCCAUGAACUAAUGAGAUUUUGUGAUGUAUUACCUAUUAGUCUUCCUCACAGAACAUCAAAAGACACAAUUUUCAGAGGAUUCAUGAUCCCGAAGGGCACACACGUCACACCACUACUGACUUCUGUCCACUAUGACCCAAAUUAUUAUGCAGAACCAAAUAAGUUCAACCCAAAGAAUUUCCUAGAUGACAAAGGAUGUUUUAAGAAGAAUGAUGCACAUCUGCCUUUUGCUGCAGGGAAGCGGGUGUGUAUAGGAGAGAGCCUGGCCCGGAUGGAACUCUUUCUCCUCUUCACAAGUCUGCUGCAAAAUUUCAACUUUAAACCGGUGAUUGGCAAAGAUGAGAUAGACGUCAGGCCAACAGGAAGUGGACUGGGAAAUCUCCCUACUAAGUACAAGUGCUGUAUUUUAGUCUACUGGUCUCUCUACAAUACAUCAUACAGUAAAUAAUUGAAAGAAAAUACAUGCAAAAGUAAUUAUGUAUAGGAAAUAAGCUGCAUCAAAAUGAUUUAACAAUUGAUUUAAGACACAGAACAAGGUGCUUGAGUUUUAGCUACUGUAUGUUUUUUAACAGUGUUCAGCUUUCCAGUUUUGGUGGGACUGUGGCAACUGUAGCCUCCAUUUUCUUUUCUUUGCUGACAGGAGUGGAACCCAGUGUUGUCUUCUGCUUCUGUAACCCAUCUACUUUAACGUUCAAUGGGGGUAAUUCAGACCUGAUCGCUCGCUAGCUGUUUUUUGCAGUCCUGCGUUCGCAUAGUCGCCGCCGACCGGGGAGUGUAUUUUAGCUGUGCAAGUGUGCGAUCGCAUGUGCAGCCAAGUGGUAUAAAAAGAUCUUGUGCAGUUUCUGAGUAGCCCAGGACUUACUCAGCUGCUGCGAUCACUUCAGCCUGUCCGGAACCGGAAUUGACGACAGACACCCGCCUUGCAAACUCUUAGGAACACCUGCGUUUUUCCAAACACUCCCAAAAAACGGUUAGUUGCCACCCACAAACGCCUUCUUCCUGUCAAUCACCUUGCGAUCGCCCGUGCAAAUGGAUUCACAAACCCAUCGCAGAGCAACGAACCGCCUUGUACCUGUGCGACGCGACUGCGCAUUGCGGUGCGUACGCAUGUGCAGUUCUGAUCUGAUUGCAGCGGUUCAAAAAACGUUAGCGAGUGAUCUGGUCUGAAUUACCCCCAAUGUUCUGUGCAUUUAGAAACAUUUUUCUGCAUAACACAGUUGUAAAGCAUGAUUGCUUGGGUUACUCUCACCUUAUGUCAGCUUGAUCCAUUCUGACCAUCCUUCUCUGACCAUAAACAAUGCAUUUUAUUUUCAAAGAACUGAUAAUUAUUGCUUAUGGUGUUUUUUCUACCACUCUUAGUAGCCUAGACUUUUCUAUGAAAAUACCAGGACCUUACACAAGUAGCAGUAUCUAAGAUACUCAAACCAUCACAACUGGUAAAAACAAUAAUUCCAUGUUCAAAGUCACCUACAGUAUCUGCCACCUACACUUGUUUUGUCCCAGCUACGACUGAAACUUCUGACCAUGGCCCUCAUUCCGAGUUGUUCGCUCGCUAGCUGCUUUUAGCAGCAUUGCACACGCUAGGCCGCCGCCCUCUGGGAGUGUAUCUUAGCUUAGCAGAAUUGCGAUUAAAAGAUUAGCAGAAUUGCUACUAAAUAAUUCUUUGCAGUUUCUGAGUAGCUCCAGACCUACUCACAGAUUGCGAUCUGCUCAGUCUGUUUAGUUCCUGGUUUGACGUCACAAACACGCCCUGCGUUCGGCCAGCCACUCCUCCGUUUCUCCAGACACUCCCGAGUUUUUCACUGGCACGCCUGCGUUUUUUAGCCAACGCCGUGAAAACGCUGAGUUGUCGCCCAGAAACGCCCCAUUCCUGUCAAUCAUUUACCGAUCAGCAGUGCGACUGAAAAGCGUCCUACAAACACCAGCAAAUCUACUAAGUUUUGUGCUAAAUAACUUAGCGCAUGCGCGCUGCGUACCAUGCGCAUGCGCAGUUAGCAACAAUUCGCAGCAUAGCGAAAAUCGGCAACGAGCGAACAACUCGGAAUGAACACCCAUGUCUGCAUGUUUUUACACAUUGAGUUGCUGCAACAUGUUUUGCAUAAACAAGCAGGUUUACAGGUGUAACUAAUAAAGUGGACAAUGAGUAUAAAGUAUAUAGGCCCUCAUUCCGAGUUGAUCGCUAGCUUCCAUUGUUCGCUGCGUAGUGAUCAUUUAAAAAAAAGUCAAAACUGCGCAUGCGUAAGCACCACAAUGCACACGCGUGGCGUACGGGUACAAAGAGCAUUGUGGUUUUGCACAGGUUCUAUCGACGCUUUCAGUCGCACUGGCGGACGCAAGGAGAUUGACAGGAAGUGGGAGUUUCUGGGUGGCAACUGACCGUUUUCUGGGAGUGUUUGGGAAAACGCAGGUGUGGCCGGGCGUUUGCUGGGUGGGUAUCUGACAUCAUUACCAUGUAAUUCAUUGCAGCAAUCAUCGCACAGGAUAAGUAACUACAGGGCUGGUCUUGUUCUGCCUUAAAUGUGUUUGCAGCCGCGCGGAUGCACAGGCGUUCAUUCUCCUGCAAAGUGAAAAUACACUCCACCGUGGGUGGCGACAAUGCGUUUGCAUGGCUGCUAAAAGUAGCUAGCGAGUGAUAAACUUGGAAUGAGGGCCAUAGUACUUUAGAUGUUUGGCAUGUAGUAUUCUAACUGUACAAGGAGAACUGUUCAAGAAUGCAUUGGAGGGAGGGCCCCACGAAAGGGUUCACUGCCUCCAGUGAUGAAUCUCCCAUUAGGCACUUGAGGGAUGUGCCUAGGGGCAGCACUUGUUUGGGUGCAGCAUUUCGAUCAGCCCAAAAAGUACCAGUAACUGCAAAAUAUUUGUACUGUACUGUACUGUACUAAACCAUAUGCCAUCUUGAAUGGAGUUUAAGCAGGUAGGACAUGCACAUACUGUACCCUGUAAGCUGUCCCUCUUAGUAAAUAUGUAUACGUAAUUAAAAAUACAAAAAAUAUCAGUUAGUGCCUUUUUUAUUAUUCUAUUAAAUUGGCUUUCAUCAAAUAAGUGCUUAUAACCAAGCAAUAAAAAUGAUACAAUUUAGGCAGGGGGGGUUCCAUCGUUGUGCCCUCACUCCUACUGUAAAUCCGCCGCUGACUGCCUCCAUAGGUAAGACCGUCAACCAUACAAUGAGUCUUAUACUACAAUGGAACUAAGACAAGUGCAGAAGGCAGAAUGAGGAAAUAGAUAGCUAACGUGUAUUAUUAUCCCUUUCUUCAAUAAUUUUUCUGAAUACACCAUAUGUAACAAGUAAUGUUAUAAAGAUAGCUUUUAAAUAGAAAGUCAGGCUGAAGGUAAUUGCAACACCAAACUUUCAUAGUACUGUAGCUUAAUGUGCUUCUAUAUAUUUUAUAUGUAUGUUUCAUUUCUAAUAUACUGUAGUUACUAUCAUUUAGAAAAUAUGAAACCUAAAUAGAUUUUGUUAUGUGAUUGGUAAAAUUACUGUGGUGUACUUAAAAAUGUUGGUUCAAUAAAGUCAUGUCACAUCGA